AUGAAUCUGACAAAUCCCUUGCACGAUCCUGAAAUCACGUACGACCUCCAUACUGAGCCGGAGGAACCCCAGCAAGAAAAACCUCAAAGGUUCUCCAAAGACGCAAUCUACCAUCUCAUUUCCACCACAUACUCCCUCCUCAUAAUAGCGUUUUUCAAGACCCUUGUGGACAAGGUGAAAAAGAAGAUUGAGCCAAAAGCGGAGCCUGUCGAGACCCAUGUGGAGCCAGCUAAGCCGGAGCCUAAACCAACUCCUACAGCUCCAACGAUACCACUUACGUUCUCUUCAGUGAGAAACCCAGAUCCAUACGCUUCGUUGUUUCUGGUGGACUCUGACGAGGAGCUAGAGGAAACAGGCCAGUACGGCACUUCUCUUGCCAUCAGCAGAAACAAGUUCAAGGCUAGAUCUGAAGAGGACCAUGCAAACCACAUCCUGAACUCGACAUCCAUCUUGCCCAACAGGUUGCUAGAUUCAGAUAUCCAAGCCGACACUGCAUCUGACUUCUUCUCUCCUUCAAAACCCACGGACGAGUACGAUGCUGCCGUGUCGAAAUUUUACCAACCAUUCAAGCCAUUACCCAGCCAGAAGAAAACACUCACUGAGACCAUCUUGGCUGGGUUCCCACUGGUGACCAGCGUUCUACGAGACGAGCAAAAGAAGAUCCAGGACCUCAUCACCACCGAACGUAAAUCUCUGGUUUCGGUGGUUCCUCCAUUGGCCAAGGAUCAGCUAAAUAUUGUACAAAGUUACUGGGGUUCACGCAACUCCAGCGGCCAGGUUGCUUCCGCAUAUUCCAUUGAUUUGACUGUCAGGGACCUCUCAACCUUGGCCGACGGGCAGUGGCUCAAUGACAAUGUCAUUGACUUCUACUUGAACAUGGUCACUGACCAGAACAAACUGGUCUACUGCUGGACCACGCAUUUCUUCUCCACAUUGAAACAGAAGGGCUACCAGGGUGUGGCUCGCUGGGCCAAAAGACGGAAAAUCAAUCUUUUUGAAAAGGAUAAAGUCAUUGUGCCAAUCAACAUCAUGAGCACCCAUUGGGCACUUGCCGUCAUAAACAACAAGAAGCAUACCAUCAGCUAUUUCGACUCAUUGGCUUCCAGAGGUAACAUUGCUGCUGUAGAGUUGUUACAAACAUACAUGACGAAGGAGGCCGAACGACUCCUGCUUCCUCCCAUUGACUACAACCUCAUUGCUGGUGAGAAGACGCCGCAGCAACAAAAUGGCUUUGAUUGUGGAGUAUUUACAUGUACAGUUGCCAAGUUCGUUUCCAGAGACCAGCCUCUUGGCUUCGGUCAGCAAGAUAUGCGCAAUAUCCGCAGAAGAAUGGCAUAA